AGUGUGACUCUUACUCUUGGGUAGCAAGCGUUGGUACUUUCAAGAUUUUGUAUAUAGCGGGCUCGCAAAUAGUGUGAUGCAUUUGCCAAAUAAUAAUAACAGUUUAUCAAAAAUGACGGAUAUGUAUGCUUCGUUACAAGAAAGUCUUCAAGAAUAUCACGGGGAAUUAGUUCAAACAGGUAGCCCGGCUAUUUUGUGUAGUGUUUUACCGAAUCACUGGCGUUCGAAUAAAAGUUUACCGAUUGCGUUUAAAGUCGUAGCUCUAGACGAUAUUCCUGACGGUACUUUAGUGACUUUGAAAGCUGGAAAUGAUGAAAAUUAUUGUGCAGAACUAAGAAAUUCCACUACUGUUAUGAAAAAUCAAGUUGCAAAGUUCAACGAUUUGAGAUUUGUAGGUAGAUCCGGUAGAGGAAAGAGUUUUACGGUAACUAUUACUAUUAGCUCUGCACCUUAUUACCAAACAGCUACUUAUUCGAAAGCUAUUAAAGUGACCGUGGACGGACCAAGGGAACCUCGAACAAAAUCAAACUUCCAAUACGGUUACGGUAUGCCUGGUUUACCUGGUGGCUUUAAUCCUUUCUUAUUAAAUCCUGGAUGGCUAGACGCAGCUUAUAUGACGUAUGCCUUCCCAGAUUACCUAAGAAGAACUGCCAGUAUACCCCAGCAAAAUAAUAUUAAUACGUCUCUAGUGAAAGGUUCACCAUUGGCUCCAAAUGUACAGCCUCCUCAUGAUUUCUUCAUACCUCCUCCAGCAAGUUCAACAGGACAUUUCCACACUGGUUCAAAUUUUCUACCUGCUGCGUUACCUCAUUAUUCACCAGAUAUUAACAAACUACCCAAUUUCGAAAUGCCUUUACGACCUGUGAUAUCCGGCCCGUUAGAUCAGUUGAAUUUAAGGAUAUCACCAGUUUCCAAUAGUCAGUCGAUUAGUCCUCAUUUAUUGAGUGCUCAAGAAACUAAAAUUCAUUCGACAAUGGAACACAGUUCUUCUUCAUCGGACGAUUCUGAAAACGAAGAUAUAGAUGUGGUUAAAUCUGCGUUUGUACCUAUCAAAUCAGCCAGUACGCUUUUACAAGAAAUCCAACAUCCCGACUCAACUGUACAGGACAAAGACACGGUAAAGGAUGAAACGCAAACAGAUAGUUCAAAAUUAGUUAAAAGCUCACCUGUCAGUAUAAAUCCGUCUACUACUAAAUUAAAUUCUUCGGUUGUAAAUAAUAUCAAAGCUGUUUGGAGACCAUAUUAAUAAUAGUGAUUCAUUAUUUAUUUAUUUUUAAUUUAAAUGUACUGAAUCUAACAUUUAUAUUUAGCUGUAUUAGCUCGGAAAGGUUAAUUUUUGAUCGUUUACAACAUGACCAUUAUCAAAUUUCAUUCUCUCAAGCUCUAGUAAUAUACUAAAAUCAUUUGGGAAAUCGAAAUAUUAUAGUCUGUCCGAUUAGUGAGUGAAGGAUUAAAUCCUCUGGAAACUAAGUGUUACCGGAGAUAUUUUCAAGUCAAAUUAUCAUUGAGAGCAGGAAAUUGAAAUGAAAAAUUCAUAUUAUCAAUGGAGCAACAAUAUUAUGAAAAGUAAGUUUAUUUCCGUUGCUUUGCAUUCAAGUAUAAUUGGUUCGAAAGUUAAACGAAUAGACAUUGAACCAGAUCCCUUUCUAAUAUUGAGCAAUCUUUUUAAAUAAGGAAACAGAUAUAGUCCAAUCGGACAGAUUGAACAAUCGGAAAGUCACUCCGAAAGCUACAAAUUGCACUUAUCCAGAAAUUCGAAUUUCGAGUGUUCUUAGUAAAAUUUGUCCACGAAAAAAAUUUUUUGUUUGUCGCGUUUAUAUUUAAAACGAUGCGGAAUAUCAGCAAAAAACUUUAGAUGUUGCAGAACCUUAAUUCUACUAUCGAAAUAUGUCAUCACACGUGCGAAACCCUUGUUGGUUGUUAUAUAUUUUUUGAUAUAACUUUAUAUUUGUUCCAAUGAAUGUGAAGAUUUUUUCAAAUAUGGAAUUAAGACAAAUAUAUUUUCACUAAUAUACCACGCAGUACAAAACAGUUAAUACUUGAAUCGUUAAAGUAUUAGUUCGGCCAGCUGACAUGGAAAGUAGCUGAUAUAGAAGUUGAAGAUCUUCAAGAAAUUUUCGUUAAAUUCCGUGUCGUUUCCGGCAUAAACGCAAAAAUUUGGCUUGUACAAUCGUAAUUCAAAUUCCUUAGCUUGAUAUUUCUGAUAUUUGUAACGAUUACCUAUUCAGAAUGUUUUUUGAUCCUUGAGGAAAUUUUUGUCUUCAAUUCGAGUAGAUAUUUCAAACAUUGGUAUUCCAUUAAAAGGGGUAAAAAGUAGCCACCCUUACUGUACUCAUUACCAAUUAAAUAUUUUUGAGAAUAAGUGUUGUAAAAUGAAAAUAUUACUCAAAAUUCCGGUUUAUAUUGAAACAGUUCUCAGUCCGACAAGUUUUUAUACAACCAAUAGAUUUGACUGGAAAAUAAACUCAAUUAAGUAUAAUUUGGUAUUUUAAUCGGAUUGUUUAUCAACAAGUAUAUAUUUAAGACAUAUUAGUGAAUAAACAAGGAACUCAAGUGAUAUUUUUAUUCUACAAAAUAUGAUUGAUAUUAUAUAAGGUAUAAAAUGCUGACACUACUCCCUUAUAAUGUAAAAAACUUCGAUAAUUGAAGGUUAAAAAAUGUUUAUUGGAAAGGUCUAUUACAAUUUCGUACAGAUAUGAAUUUUGUUAUAUAAACUAGGAUAUAACGCAAAGCUUGAAAUACAUUUUUAUUAUAAUUUUUCAAAUGAGACAUUAUCAGCUAAGUACAUAAUGUUUAAUUCAGAGAUUGUCAAUCAGAUUUUGCCUUUUUGGCAUAAAUCAAAUAAUUACUGCAUUUUUUUAUUUAGAAAAUUAAAUUGUAUCAAUAUAAAAUAUCAGUUGCCAUUAGCUUUCGUACAAAAAAUUAUAGAAAAAUAUUCUCUAUAUGUCAAAUGGCAAGAAUAUUUCUGAUUAGUAUUAAUGUUCGUGGUAAAAAUAUUGCAAAUAUACGAAAUUGAGGGAUAUUGACAAAGUAAUAAACUCUUUGUGAUUAAAUAAUGCACGCGGUAUAUAAUACAGUCGAACUCCAAUAAUUAGAACUGCAAGGGACCGUAGCAAAAGUUCGAAUUAUCGAGGUGUUCGAAUUAUCGGAGUUGUGCACAUUUACAUACAUAUAUGUAUGCAUUUCGAUGCAUCUUUCCAUUUUAUAAAUAAAUAAAUAAAUAAAUAUGUUAUGGGUACAUAACAUGUUCAUUUAUUUAUUUAUUUACGGCUAUCUUCGAGUUCUUCUUCACGCCCUUUUCAACUUCUCUUAUGACAGCAACUUUUUCUGCUAAAGUCAGAGUUUUGUACAUUCUUUUAGCAGAAUCACACAUCAUGAAAUAAACGUAAACGGCAACACGAAGCAAAACUUUUAGAAACUGGCUCCGAAACGCACUCAAUGGAAAACCAAUUGAGAAUGUCGGCUCUGACAGUUUUAACUUUACUUUAUAAGAGGGUGGUGGUAGCCAUCAGCGGCGCGAGAGCAUCUCUUCUCACCAUCUAAAUACGCACCUUCUUAAAAGUCGUCAGGUAUCAAUAAAACUCUGGCUCCCUUUUUUCAGAAAAAAUCAGUCACCACGUUUGCUCUUUACUCUACUUUGUCUCUCUCCAAUUCGCUCCCUCUCUCUUUCUCUACAGUUUGAAGGUGCAAUGAAAUCCGUCCCGUGAACUCGUCGUUUUUAACUGCACCUUCAAACUGUACCAUCAAUAAUAAAAUCGUCGCACCGGUUUUUGGGGAAAACCCAGCAGCUCUUAUUCUCUUUUCAGUCGUUUCAUACAUUCGUCCUCUAAUUGCAGUUCGAACUAGAAAACUAUUUAGGAAUGCUUUCUUAGCUCUACCAGUAAUAAAAUCGUCGCGCCGGUUUUUGGGAAAAACCAGCCGCCGUCUGCAGUUCACCCAUAUUUCACACUUACAAAAUAUCGUCGUCUUACCUAGAAUCUGAAGAUUCGAAUUUUUCAAUUUUUUUCAACACUAACAGUUCGAAUUUUUUAAUACAUAUGUACAUACAUAAUUUAUACAAGAAAAAUUCGAAUUUUUCAUUUAUUCGAACAUCAAAAAUUCGAACUUUUCAAUUAUUUAAACGCCAAAAAUUCGAAUUUUUCGGUAAUUUUAACACAGAAAAUACGAAUUUUUUUGAUAAUUCGAACUUCAAAAGUUCGUUAGUAUAGGAAUGUCAAGGGACCGACGCAAAAGUUCGAAUUAACGAGGAAUUCGAAUUAUCGGUGUUCGAAUUAUCGGAGUUCGACUGUAGUACAAAUAAUAUCUAUGUUUGAGCGAGUAAUUAGAAAUUCACUUCAUAGUCACCAAAACAAUUUUCAAAAUUCCAUCAUCUAUGUUCUGGCGUUUUUUGGAUGAAUAUACAAUUUUCGGAUGCAUUUUGCAUUUAAAAAGUUUGUUUUCGUAAAGUUCACACGCGGAAAAAUUUCCAGGUUUCUUGCCAACUAAAACUUUACAGUCCUCAACAAAUAUUUGGUGUCAUUUCCAAAAAAAACCUUCAGAUUUGAUUAUCUCAUACAAUUUAUUUUCUAAACAUCUAACUAUCAUAUGAAUAAAUGUGAACGGCAGUAAUUUUUGAUUUAUAAAUUUAAAACUAGUUGCAAUAUUUUAUUAGAUCAAUGUAUAUAUUAUUUAUUUGUAUAUAAACGAGUGUAUAUAUUGUAUAAAAGAUGUGUUAUAGUUUGAGAGAUUUUAAAAAAAGAUGAUGAUGUACUGCAAUUGUGAUAGCAGAAUAAUUGAUAGUUAUUUAGGUAUUUUUGUACAAGUAUUACUGGCAUUCUUUUAUGAAUCCUCUAUUAUAGUGAAUAAAUGAGUUUUUAUU